AUGUCCUGCCCACCGCAGACAUCCCGGCCUGAAGACUCCGACAGCGAUUACGGCUCUGACUUCACACCCGACGAAGAUCAACUCCUGAACCAGUUGCUCACUGAAGCCGUCACGGAGCACGCGCCUACCCCCUCCACCCCGAUCUCAAAUUUCACCACUUCCACGCUAACACCCGACGCCACGAUCGCGAUAUCGAAUAACUACACUGCGCAUACUCGUCCCGGAUCGUUUCAGCCUGCAGUUAUUGCGGCGCUGGUCACGGAUAUCGAAGAUGGCAUUGUGGAGUCCCCGGCUGUCCGGCCUAAGGUGCUGGGCAGGGAGAAACCUGGUUCACCGUGGAGAUCGAAUCAGCGGACUUGGCAGGAUACAAAUCCACGGAUUGGGGCGGUUAUAUCAAGCCAGGGCGCAGAAAACAGUGCCUAUACGCUUCUGGAGCAUUCUGAUUCAACUGAAGGCAGGGAACGAGAACGAGAGCGUGUUGCUGAGCGCGAAAAAGAAUGGACGCAGCACGAACAGCUAGCGCCAACACUGGAUCCUCGAUCCCCCGUGGAGCGGUUUCGAAGACCGCCUAACAAAGCUUUCUCGGUUACAGAUUUGGUUUCGCCAGCCUGGUGUGAAUUGCAGUACUGGUAUACCCUGACGAAACAUGGAAGAAAGAGGAGGACUGCGGCCAUGAAGAAGGGGAGUGUGAUGCACAAGACGCUCGAGGAUGAGGUCUAUACUACGGUCCCUAUCGAUAUUACUACGAAGGAGGAUGCAUGGGCUCUCCGGAUAUGGAAUGUGAUACAGGGACUGCGGAUGCUGCGACAGUAUGGCAUCACACGUGAGCUUGAGGUUUGGGGCGUUAUCGAUGGGGAGCUGGUCAAUGGGGUUAUCGAUCAGUUGUCCUACGAAUGUCCUGAUCCUGAGCUUGAAGCCACAGCCGCUAGCUUUUACGAAGAUGCGGAGGCAUCAAGGGCUGCUUUACCGGAGUAUCAGAUGUCCCUGUCCGAUUUCUUGUUAUCUUCCUCCCAAGGUGGACGAAGACUAGAGGAUCUAGGCCAGACCGAGCCUACCGGGAUUGAACAAGCACCUCCCAGUCAAGCACCAUCGCCAGCUGUCUAUGAUCUCCCUCGGAUAUAUAUGACGGACGUUAAAACGAGAGCGAGUCGCUCUCUUCCCACGGUUAAGAGCACAUCAUUCCGACCUACUUCUCUCCAGUUGCAACUUUACUACCACAUGCUGAAUCGCAUGCUAACGAGUGACGAUGUGACGAUGGAUUUUCUUGCGGCGCGGUAUAAACUUGAUACUGAACGCUCGUUCACAGAUGCCUUCGUCUCUGAAGUUGGAGGCUUGAAUGAUCAAUUCUUCGAUACGCUCACUUCUCAAGAGCUUGACCUAGAAGAUCCUCCCACACAGGAGGACAUGCGAAGAAUUUCCCAGGGCUCCGGCCCUGCAUAUUCAUCCAGCCCGGCAGCAGCCAGCCAGGACUCAACCAGCAUCCUCUUGACCCACGGUAAUCUUUCCAAACUGUGGAGCUACAUGAAAGAACAGCUACGUUCCACCUUUAUCCCAUCCAUCUCAGAAACCGAGUCCAUUGCGCCAUCUAUUCCGUCACACACCCAGCCGGCUACCCUCAAGGAGUACCCGACCCUUCUCUCUCCUGUGCUUACAGCACGAUUUCUAUCCUCAGCCCCCACGGAAGAUUUACAGUCCAAGCACUUGGGAAGCAGGUCCUUCCUCUUUGAUCCUAAUAAUAUGUCAUCUUAUCUUACAGACCAGAUGCAGUGGUGGCGAGGACAGCGCGAUCCUGUUGGAGUCAGCAUCUCGGAUGCCUGGAAAUGUCGAAUCUGUGAGUUUCGCGACGAGUGUACUUGGCGCGAGGAACGGGAAUUGGCCUUCGCAAGACGAAACCACGGAAGAGCCAGGGCCCCGACGGGAAUUUAA